CGCAAUCAUCGUAAUGCUGUAAUCCUAUUUCUCCUCUCAGUCGCUCCUUCAUCACCAUACACAUGUCCUUCCAAAGACACCGCGCGAAACGACAUCCACGGCGAAAAUGUGGCGCAGAAUCUAUCUGCUGCUUGUGCUGGUGAGGCUUUACUUUGCGCUAUCGCCGAGCUACAUUCAUCCCGAUGAGCACUUUCAAGGGCCCGAAAUCAUCGCCGGAGAAGUGUUCGGGUAUCCCAUCUACAAAACAUGGGAGUUCACCACCGACCACCCCAUUCGCAGCAUUUUCCCUUUCUGGCUGAUCUACGGCUGGCCACUCACUGUUCUCAAAUGGGUUCACGAAGGUCUUGGGUAUGGUCCUGUCCAGCCCGCGACUGCCUUCUACUGCCUACGAUGCCUCAUGUUCCUCAUCAGCUUCGUGCUGGGUGACUGGGCAUUACACGAACUGCUGCCAGCCAUCGAGAAUCGCCGAACGGCCAUCAUGCUGGUUGCAUCCUCCUACGUGACCUGGACCUUGCAGACACACACCUUCUCCAACAGCAUCGAGACCAUAGCUGUGCUCUGGUCCCUCGUGCUCAUUCGAAGACUCUCCGACAACAAUGACGCGGUGCAGGCUCAGGCAUCUUGCGCAUUCGCAUUUGUUGGUGUUGUCGGUGUCUUCAAUCGCAUCACUUUCCCAGCAUACCUUAUGAUACCCCUCUCCCAGCUUUUGCAUGGGCUUUAUCUUCAACCGCUUCGCAUCCCCGCCAUGCUCGCAGCCGGUCUGCUCACCAUGGCUGUGGCGAUCACCAUGGACACCGAAUUUUACAGCGGCUACAGGCCGCAUCUCAGAGACCUUUUCAAUACUGCCGUGUUCACGCCUCUCAACAACUUGACUUACAAUGCCGAUGCCGCCAAUCUGGCAAAGCAUGGUCUUCACCCGUUCUGGCAACAUUUCGUCGCCAACCUUCCCCAGUUGAUCGGUCCGGCAUUCCCGCUCGUGUUACUGUCAGCAAGAAGGGGCACACUGUUCUGGUCGGCGAUAGCAGGCACUGUCGCGCUCUCAUGCUUUCCGCACCAAGAGGCAAGAUUUCUCCUGCCCGCAGUUCCACUUCUUUUGGCCAGCGUGAGGAUUCCACGGCUCGUACGACCUCACUGGAUUGCCAUCUGGACCAUUUUCAACAUCCUAGCAGGAGUACUAUUUGGAGUGUAUCAUCAAGGAGGCGUCGUUCCUGCGCAGACGUGGAUCGCCCAGCAGCCCGAUAUCAACCACGCGAUAUGGUGGAAGACGUACAGCCCACCACGGUGGCUCCUUGAUGGAAGAAAUGAAGAUGUGGAAACGACAGAUCUGAUGGGCAUGAAAAUUGACAAGAUGAUUGAACAGCUUGGCAUGGCAGCGCAGUGCGAGACUGCACAGAACAGAACUCUUUUGGUUGCGCCCAGCAGCGCUACUGCUCUUGACGCUUACACGUGGCCAUCAGACACGAAGCACGAUCUGGUGUUCACGAAACUUUGGCAGCAUCGACAGCAUGUUGGCUUGGACGAUCUCGAUUUUGGCGAUGACGGAGUGCUGCCUACGCUGCAGAGAGUGGUUGGCAGAAGAGGGCUGACUGUCUGGCAAGUAAGCAAGCAAUGCUAAUUGUUCCCAGCGUGGCCAAGAUAUCGUUGUCAUUAUUCCUGAUACACCUCGCUGAAUGAUGCCGCUUGCAGCACAGAUGGCGCGCGCCACGCGGACGGACAAUUGUCACGUUACCUCCUGACGCGAACCCGGCGCCGAAUCAACGUAUUUCGCAACGUGGUUGAUACAGUCCUAGCAUCCAGCGAAUGUGCACCAGCUAAGCUGACACAUCAGUGGCGUCGCUCUGCUGGAAAAAUGUCCUUGCUGAACUACGCGUAUCCUUCUCGAGUGCCGCGAGUCCCAGUCCGAGGCCAGAAGCUACCAACUUUACCACUGAUCAUAGUCAGUGAAGUCUAAUCUCAGGCCCGCUUACUACCAAAAAAUCGAGCACUUUUUUGAAUGCUGAGGACAAGCCUCUUCACAUAAUAAAUUCU